AUGCCCGAAGAAACUCUGAGAUGGGCGAAUAUUGCCAGGCUUCCUGCUCGUCUUCAGGCAAGCUCACCGUUGCCUCAAUCCUGUAAGCCGGAAGAGUUGGAAGAAAUCCUCGCCAUACCGAAACUGCCACCCUGCGACCAGGCGGCCCUCCUUCCGUUGCUGUUUCGGCUGCUUGAACCACCGCAGACCAUCGACCACGGAGACGAUGCCAUACCGCCGGCCGAUUACAUCCUGAAGACAUACCCCGUGCUACAAUCAAUCGAACUUUUGCUCAGGGAAUCGCUCAUCCCAGAGAUGUCUAUAAUGCUGGACGAUCGGGAUGUAGUAUCGCUUGAAGGGACCGACGUUCGGAAGCUUGCACUCUCCGUUCUGCGUCAGCUGUGUGUAUCCGACAGAUGGCUCUCAGGCGCCUCCCCGCAACCGCCGGUGCCCUUUGGCAUCGUGCACGUGACACCCGGACUGAUUCGGCACCUGGUUCAUCUGUGGCGCCGCGCUGUAUUUGAUCUGUCUUGGGCACUGCCGUAUACUUCGGAUCUCGGGCGGUUGCUGUGCUCUCUUCUGAUCUUCAAUCAUGCAGCGCCGCACGUCCAAGGGGAGAUCUUUGAGGCGUGCGGGGGAACGUGUGUGGACUAUGCGAUGUUCGUCAUUCAACACAUCCGCAUAACGCGACGCGAGAAGGAGUGGCAUGAGGCUACUAUGCUGCCCUGGACCGUCCAGUCGCUGACGGCGCUAUUGGAGAUCACAGUAGCGUAUUCGGACGUGCUGAUCGACGUCCUCAUGGACAUGGGCCUUGCCGCUGGAUUGGUCAAGCUCUCGCUGUGUCUCGACCGUAUCGGGAGAAUCGCCCUGCCUGUGACUAAUGGAGCGGGCGUGAUGCUGACUUUGCAGGGCCCGAUUUUCACGCUGCUCACCCGGGCAAAGCCAAAUCCUUCCUGGGUCCGACAGGCCUUGUGCUCCGGGCUGCUUCCCGCUAUCGCCAAGACAAAUCUCGGCAUUCUCGCAUCUCCGGGGACAACAUCCAUGAACGCAGACACGCUCUUCCCAAACCAGAUGAAACUGCUCAGCGACGUGCUCCCCGGGCAGCUGACGUCGUAUUCUGUUUUGGCGUAUCUCGAACGUGCUCUUGUCUCACUUGAGGAGACACAGUUGAAGUUCCCGAUCGGGCCGCUAGUCACACCGUGGUCUCGGAUGCUGCCAUUGUUGAAAGCCCGUUUUUCCAUCAAGAAAGAUUUCGACUCGCGCGGGCGGGUGGGGGUCAUAUUAUGUGAUGGGCCUCAGUGCCCCCAAGAUUCCUCGAAGAAACAAUUCAAACGGUGCUCACAGUGCCGACAAGUGUUCUACUGCAACAAGCAUUGCCAGACGAGAGACUGGAAGCAGGGCACACACCGGUCGCUUUGCGGCAAGCUUGGAUCCAGCCCGCCUCCUGCAUUUCUUAUGUUUCUCACACAGACCGAUGCAAAGCGCCUGCCGAGCCCCGAUCCGCUUGCCACAUUCACAAUCAUGGACUACGCGGCCGGAGCGGUCGAUCUACGCAUCUGCCCGUUUUCCGAGCUCCCGCUUUUGGCGCGCGAGCAUGACUGGAAGCAUUACAAGACUUGUGUGGAGCUUGCAGGUGGGACGAGAGAGCUGCGUGUUGUUGUGCUCCCAGAAAGGUCUUGGAUGCUCUUGGCACCGAGCCGGAAGUGCUCUGUGUGACCCGAUUGAGGUUUGAGCCUUGAGGCAACGACUUUGCUCAUCUGUAUUUUAUGCUUUCUUGUUGUUUUUAAAUGAUCUGUAAUAAUUCUGGAUAAGUAUACCAGCAAAAUUUGAAUUCCUAUCACACUGCGGGGGGACUUAUUUUUUCUCCGUGGAAA